AUGAGCACCCGGCGCACCUUGGAGAAUAUUUCGUCCCUCGAUGUGACAAAUGUGAAUCUAUUGGGGCCAAUUGUGUAUACCUGCCACGGAAGCCACGAACCAAGAAACACAGGCCACCAUAGGACCGACAUCAAAGAGAACAGUGCUCUAUCACAUGUCAUUCACCGCCUCGAACGCCUGGAAGAACAUUGUGGCUUGGAGAAAGCUCCAGACACCGACGAACAUGGCGAUCGGUCGUUAUCAUUGCCAUUCUUCGAUAUGGGCACCUCUAGACCUGUAUCCUCCGACAUAUCCUGUGCUCCAACCAUGUCCGGCGUGAUCGGUGCUAUCUUGAGUCGCAUCAAAAAUCCACAGAGUCGGGCACUGCUUCUCUCCAAUGUAUUCAGUCACCUGCGAACGGUCGAAUCGUGCUUUUUCGAAAACGAACGCUGCGUGGGGGCCAUCGCAGCCGCAAUGUCAGAAAUUGAAUAUUUGCAGAACACACCAGCCAACGAGCCGCCAGCGAGUCCUGAAAUUCCAAACGACCUCGCAAAAAAAAUUAUUCAGAGCAAGUUCUGUUAUCAAUUCGAAGGAUUCAAAAUCCCCUUGGACAAAAACUUUUUGCUUUCCAUCCCUGACCUACUAGAAAACCCUCACAUUCAGCUUGACUAUACGUCCCAAAUCAUCUAUCAUACUGUUCGUCUUCAAGGGAUCAUACUAGAUCUCAGCUCACACAAGGAUAACGGCGGCCUUAUCCGACAUCUUUACCGGACGUGCUUGGCUCUUACCGAUUCCUGGCUGGACCAUAUUCAGAAUACUCCUGCUGACCUCUUUGCGGCAGUUUUAAUGGCAAGUGAAGUCAUAAAGUUUCAAUCGAGAUCAAGCGGGGCUGACAACGUACCAGGUAUCGAUGGCACUCGAAAGUUGCGAUAG